UGGCGGAGUGGAAUUUAGAUUUGACGUUUGUGCCAAUAUUUUAGGCGAUAAUCAACGAAUCACAGAAUAAUCUUGAAUAUAAAUGGGUGCAGUACUUAGCCAGAGAUAAACUAUGGCAUCUGUGAAAGUUGCAGUCCGAGUUAGGCCUCUGAAUGAGAGAGAAAAAGCACUGGAUAGUAAAAUCAUCAUUGAUAUAAAAGGAAAGAAGACACAAAUAACUAACUUAAAGCUUCCAAAGUCUGAGUUAAGGACGGAUGCUGACCAUGGCAGAGAACGAGUCAAAGAUUUCACUUUUGAUUAUUCGCAUUGGUCUGCCAAUCGGGCUGACCCUCACUAUGCAGGGCAAGAUCAGGUUUUUAAAGAUCUUGGUCGUGAUGUAAUCAAGAGUGCCUAUGAAGGCUAUAAUGCCUGUGUGUUUGCUUACGGACAGACAGGAUCUGGCAAGUCUUACACCAUGAUGGGUAAAACGGAAGAAGAGGGUUUAAUUCCAAGGAUCUGUGGGGGUCUAUUUUCUCAGAUGAAGACCGGCGGCCACGAGAACAUUACUUACCGGACUGAGGUCAGUUACUUAGAGAUUUAUAACGAGAGGGUGAGGGACUUAUUGCGCAAGAACAAGGAUCACACGCUUCGUGUCAGAGAACACCCGAAAGACGGACCGUAUGUACAAGAUCUGUCGAAGCAUUUAGUGGUCAACUUCGAGGACAUAGAGGAGCUUAUGAACAAGGGUAACUUCAACCGCACCACAGCAUCCACUAAUAUGAAUGAUGUCAGCAGCAGAUCACAUGCCAUAUUCACUGUUGUUUUCACACAGGCUAAGUUUCAUAAGAAUAUGCCAAGUGAGACGAGCAGUAAGAUUCACUUAGUGGACUUGGCUGGAAGUGAGAGAGCAGAUUCAACUGGUGCCACAGGUCAAAGGUUAAAGGAAGGAGCCAGUAUCAACAAAUCAUUAGUCACCCUAGGAAAUGUCAUUUCAGUUCUUGCUGAUCUCGCGGACAAGUCCGGUACGCGAAGACAAGUGUUCAUACCGUAUCGAGAUUCUGUGCUAACCUGGCUCUUGAAGGACAGUAUUGGCGGCAAUGCUAAAACUGUCAUGAUUGCAACUGUGUCACCUGCUGAUGUCAACUAUGGUGAGACCCUGAGUACAUUACGCUAUGCCAACCGAGCAAAGAAUAUUAUCAACAAACCCACUGUCAAUGAGGAUCAAAAUGUGCGUCUGAUCAGAGAAUUACGAGAAGAAAUUGCAAGAUUGAAGACUUUACUGGGUGGAAAUAUAGAUAAAAUGGUAACACCUCGAGUGCAGGAGAAGCUGUGUGAGAAUGAAGCAAGAGUGAAGGUGCUGACUGAACAGUGGGCAGAGAAGUGGAAGGAAGCUCAUAACAUUCUUGAGGAAGAGAAGAUGGCUCUCCGUAAGGAAGGGCUUGGUGUCAUCCUCGACUCCGAGCUGCCUCACUUGAUAGGCAUUGACGACGACAUCCUCAGCACUGGCAUCAUGCUGUACCAUCUCAAGGAGGGAGUGACUACAGUUGGUGCCAGCAAUGCGGAUGUGCCCAGGGACAUUGUUUUGUCUGGCCUGGAAGUUGAGGAUGAACACUGCUUCUUCGUCCACGAGGAUGGUAAAGUCAUUCUGCACCCGAUCGAGCAGGCAUUGUGUAUGGUGAAUGGCAUGUACACCCUCGAGCCUGUCCGCCUCUACCAAGGGGCCGUCAUCCUGCUGGGGAAGACUAACAUGUUCAGAUUCAAUCAUCCAGCCGAGGCAAAGCAGCUGAGGAGAGAUAGGGAGAUGGGGAAGCUUCAGAGUCGGUCAGACGGUUGUCCGAGUCCCGUAGAUAGGGUAGAUGACUAUGGCCAGUUACACAGGGCUAUGACAUGGUCCAACCUGAAUCUGUCCAGAUGGUCUUUAUUGAGUCAGUCCAUGAGUGACUUGGCAAAGUCAACAGAGAGUCUUUAUAUGUCUGCCCCCCUUGAAAUGGAAGAAAUGCAUCGGCUACAAGUUGAAGAACUUGAGGAAAAGAGGCGUAUGAUAGAGGAGAUGGAGGCACGUCACCAGACCGCUGAGAAAGGUCGAAUGCUGGAGCAGGAAGGGAAGGAACAGGAACUCGAGGAGAAGAGAAUGCUGCUGGAGAAGAUGCAGCAAGAAGCAGACGCCAUGAGGAAGGAGGCAGAACUGAUCAACAGUCGUAUCAAAAAAGAAGAGGACCGCCUGAAGAGAAAGAGCCUUGACAUUGAGAAACAGUUCCAGAGUUUUUUUGCUGAGAAGGAAAAGUUCCAUGAGGAGGCACAGCAGGAGCGAGAGAAAAUGCAACAAGAAAAGGCACGAGACUUAGAAGAACGGGAGGCUGAGCGAGCUGCAUUUGAGGCAGAGAAAGAAGAACAAAUGGCUCAGAUUCAGGAUGCUAUCAAUGAGUUGGCAGAACACGAGGCUUUCCAGAUUGCUGCUGCACAAGAGGCAAAGGAAGAACUUGCUGAGGCCCUGCAAAAGGUGGAGGAAGAAAGUCGUGAACACAAGUUAAAACUUGAACAAGAUUGGAAAAGACUGGAAGACCAAGAGAAUUUGCAGCAGCAGAAACUUAAGGAAGCUGAAGAAGAAGUCGGGAAGAAGAAAGAACAGUUGAAGAUACAAAAAGAGCAGGAGUUGAAACUUAUAGAAGAGGAGAGAAGGGACCUAGAGAAUCUGAAAGAGGGGUUGAGUGAACUGCAGCAAAGUCUUGUUAAGCCAUAUGACGCCGAGAGUGACCAACUGGUUGAGGAGAGCAAGGAACUUGUGGAAAAGAAGCACCAUCUCUUGGAGGAGAUGAAAAGUAGAGAAUCAGAAAUUGGAGCAAGGAUGGAACAACGGAAAGAGGAGAUGAGGCAGGAGCGGGAAAAUUUGGAGAAAUUGCAUGAAGAGUUUGAAACAAAAUGGACAGCAUUCGAGAAAGCUAUGCGUAAAGCGGAGGAGGACAAUUGCAUAAGUGAGAAAGAGAAUUUGGAGCGGGAAAGGGUUAUUAUGGAAGAAGAACGGGACAAGUUAAAGACUGCUUUUGCUGAUUGGGACGUUAGGCAAGAAGAGGUUGAGAAAUUGUUUGAAAAGGAGUUUCAAGAAUUGGAUGCGGAGAAGAAUGAGGGGUUGAAGAAAUUGCAUGCGGAGAAGGAAGUUUUGUUGGAUAAGGAAAGGUUGAGCGUGGAGGUGAUUGAGAGGGAGAUCGAAGAGAAGAAUAAACUAUUGGAGGAGAAGAAGAAGAAGCUGACGAUGGACGAAGAGAUGAUCUCGCAGCUGGAGAGUAAACAUCUUGAGUCGGUGGUUGAGGCUGAAGAAGGGAAGAAACAACUUGAAAAUGAGAGGUUGAUGUUGUCUGAUCUGGCGCGGAAGCAGGAGGAAGAUGCCGCACUAGCCAAGGCUGAACUUGACAAGAGGAAGUCGGCCCUGGAGUCACAAACACAAGAGGAGAUAUGUCGCAUUGAGGAACAAAGAAAGAAGCUGGUUGAAAUGGGCCAAGAAUCGGAAGCUGAACUUACAAGGAAAAAUUCUAUAUUUGAAGCUGAAGGGGAAGAAGAGGAUGGAAAGGUAACAGAGCGUCCCAAUCUGAUUGAGCAGCUCACUGAGGGUGGGGAUGCUGGCAGUAACAUGGGUAAGAGCAAUCAGCAGCAACUCGAGAGCAGCAGGAGUCGCAUGUUCCAAGAGGAGCUGGAGAAGUUGGAGAAGAGAAUGGAGGCAUUGAAAAUCAUUGAGGAUCAGUUUGUGAAGAGUGAGGUUGAACUUGAUGAGAAAAGACAGAAGUUUGAAUACGAGAGGCAGGCAGAACUGGACAGGAUCGAAGUGGAAAAGUUCAAACUUCAGGAGCUGGAGAACCAGGAAAGAAUAAAUGCCCUCGUCGAACAAGAAGUUAAGAAGCGUUUAUAUGAGGAGAAAGUUGAGCGAGAGAAGCGACGGAAAAUGGAGAGAGAGAAAGAUCGUAAGGAGAGAGAACAGGAGAUGAUGAAGAUGAAGAGAGCGCAUGACAGAGAGAUAGAACAGCUAAGGCAGAAGUAUGAAAACCGACCAACAGUUAACGCCCCAUCACCUCCAGUCACCCAUCAAAGCAAGGCCAAUCCUUUUGCAGUCCACAUGAAUACAGAUGCCAACUUGCAAAAGCCAGCUAUAUUAAGGAACAAAUAUUCGAGUCGAAACAGCUCCCUGAUGAGUAUACCACAGAGCAAUGAAGAGGGAACCGCAAUUCAUAUUCCGUCCUUCACAUUACGUGGUUAUGGUUUUGAUACACAUUACGAGUAUGAAGUCAAGAUAUCAGUGAAUGGUGAUACGUGGUCCGUGUACAGAAGGUACAACAAGUUCAGAGACCUACAACAGACAAUGAAGACAGUUUACCCUGCGGUUGCGGGGCUGGAGUUUCCUCCGAGGAAGUUUUUUGGCAACAGAUCUGAAAAAAUUGCGUCUGAAAGACAAGGCAAACUUGAGACUUUUAUGCAAAAUCUUAUCAAAGUGUGUGAGGUGGAUCUGAAAUGUCCAUUAAAUCCUGCCAACCAUAAAUUCCUGUCCAAGCAUGUCUUAUGCGAAUUCUCCACGUUUUUCAAGAAAGGUGUGUUCGAGAUGUCCAAGCAUGGAGUAUGCUGAUGAUUCUGUGAUAACAAGACUAUGUCAGAUAAACUGUAUCAGAAUUAUGGCUAUUUUGUGAGCAACUGUAUAUUUUGAAUUGACUUUUAUGCUCAAUCAUGUCCAAGGAUUUGAUUUGCAAUUUUGUUAGAUUUGUAAGAUUUGAAUGACAUGUCUGUACAGAUCUUUUAGAAACAUGGCAGAAUCCCCAUCUUGUCCGACAGUUAGUUGUUUAUGAAACAGUUUCUCUGCAUAUGAUGCCAAUUGGGUUGUGAACCAAGCCCCCCUGUUAUGUGGUCUGCUCGUCUAGUUUAUCACAAGUUCAAUAGAUGGAGUAUGAAAUGCUCUGAAAACUUUUCAUGUUGAUCUACAAUUUGAUUUCUGACACUAUGGAUUUGUACUGAAAGAUAGUUUCUGCGUAAUUGCACUUGUAAUGUGUACAGCACAAUUUUUGAUACGGGUAGAUGGGGCAGUACACAUAAAAUGUUUACCUCUCGCGUUUCAGGCUUUGAAACUGAUGCAUACAUUUUGAGGACUCAUUGAAAUAAAAGUGUUAAGACUUAUGGCUUAUAACUUAAAAUUAUACACCAAUAAGCUUUGUAAAUUGAUGUCUAUUUCAUAUUGCUAUUAUUUAUUCAUAUGUUUAUAUCUAUAAACUAUAGAUACUGUCUCAAAGUGUGCGAGUCCCUGCCUGGCAUUAUGCACACAGACAGUUUGUACAACAUUUGUGUAGAUUUUCUGGUACAUGACAGAACUGCUCAGAAGUCCUCUUCUGGCAUUUUUUCGGGAUAAUUUUCUUUCAAUAAUCACUGCUUGAUCUCUUCUAAUAAAAUUGCAUUUAUCGACUUGAUAACCAUUUAGAAACUCACUUGUACGCAAGUUUAAAUUCGGUGCCUUUUUUUCAGCUGCUUGUAUCCAAACCCCGUCUAAAAUUAUUUCUGCAUUUCAAAUCAAAGGUGUAAUUGAUCUUUGUGUGCCAUGAUUAUGAACCAAAUUCUUUUUCAGCCCUUCAAGAUCAUGCAUUUUCUAGAUUAUUAUGGUACCGGUGUCUUAACAGUUUACCUUGAUCAAAUACCGCUACAUGUAUGUUAAUUAUACAAAAAAUAUAAACGAGCCGCCUUAUGUCAUUUUAAUAGUGUCCUAUUGAAGGCAUGAAAUGUUGAGGUUUCUUCAAAAUUUAGUACAGGGGCUUCAUUAAUCUCUAUUGAUAUCUCUUAGAGAUAAGAGCUGAUGCUGCUGUUGAUACUGAACUGGAGGUAUUGGUUGUCUCACCAGACCCUGCGAUGGAGGAGCUGAAAUGCAGGCCAAAAACCAAGGCGGCAGUCAAGGUUUUGGACAAAAAGACGGCUCAACCCAAGCAGUGUUUAUGAGACGACCUAUACUGACAGUGAGGUAUCGGUUUCUAUUUUAAAAUACUACAGGCUUAACCAUGAAAUGUGAUUCUAACUGCUUUUCACUGCUUCCAUGUCAUGCACUGACUCGAGCGGUUAUGGGUACCCAUAACCGCUGCCAUGAAAACAAGGCACAGUGUGCACAUAGUGCAUUGUACACUCUUGACUCUGGUUCAUUGUAACUGUGCUGUUUUAGAAUAGGUAUUAUUAGACAAUCUAACUACAGCUGAACAGUAGACCUUUUCUUUUAGCAGGGCAUCCUCUAAGACAGCAAUUGUCAGUCUACAGGGUGUCCCUCAUACAGAUGUUCUCCUGUACUGUAGUCAAGUACUUACACCAGUUGAGAAAAUAGCUUUAAAAAGGACACUUAAGUGCCAUCCUAAUUGUCUUUUUCUGGUAAGAAUUUUCAAAAAGCUUUGAAAAUAUCAUUCCAGUGCUUACAUGUAUAUGAAUGAAUGCAGGGUAAAAUUGUUGUGUUUGAUAGAUUGAAUUGGGAAUAUUCUCAACAUGUACUUAUAACUGACUGGUUUAGUAAUUUUACUUGUAAAUGCUUCAGAUUCCAUAGCCAGCUGACAGCUUCUAAGUUGCUCAGUUCUCUCAGAAGGGAAAACAAACCAUUGUAAAUGAAGGAAGGGAACCAUGUAAAGAUUUCUAAAAUGCUCCCUCUGUCAGCAAGUCCUAUUGCUAUAAUUGACUGAUAUAUUAUGGCCAUUGUCUGGGUUCAUAGUAGGUUCUGUAAUUUACAAAUUUUAAGUGCAAUAAAUGAUUUACAAGAAAAA